CAUGCCUUCACAAAUCUGGAGCCUUCUUUUUCCUCUCGCCUCUUUCUCUCUGAGCUACUCAUACUGUUUCUUCUUCGCGGGAUUUACUGAAUUUCCGGCCUCAAAUCAGUGUAUUCCGAUCAAAAAUCACACACGGGUAUGUAGACUUUCCUUUGAAUCAUUCAAAUUUUGUAAUUACAAGUUUCAAUUCAAUUUUACGGAAGAAAAACCCCAACUGUUGCCCUAAAUUUUGAUUUUACAAUGUCAUCUCCUUAUUCAACUCCAAAGAAACGCCUAAAAUCGAAACAUACAAAACCCAAUUCUCCUUCGAUUCCAUUACUGAAAGAGCCAUCACCAGGGUUUUUUCCUACAAAACAAGAAAUCAUAAAUUUACUUGGAGUCAUUACUAUUGCAAUCACAGUAGCUGUUACCUGUAAUUACAUUGCCACCAAUUUCAAUCGCCAACCUAAACCCUAUUGUGAUAGUAUUGAUAGAGUAGUAUCAGAUGAUUAUUCUUUAUUAUCUGAUGAUUUCUAUUGCGAGCCCUGUCCGGAGAAUGGAGAAUGUGUUGAUGGUAAUUUGGAAUGUGUUAGUGGGUAUAAGAAGCAGGGAAGGUUAUGUGUUGAAGAUGGGAAGAUUAAUCAAAUAGCUAAGGAGCUUUCUAAAUGGAUUGAGGUUCGUGUUUGUGAAUCGGCUGUUGGGUCUUUGUGUGAUGGGAUUGGGGAAGUUUGGGUUCAGGAGGCGCAAGUUUUUAAGGAAAUUGAGGAUAAACAAGAGUUGAAAAGGAAGUUCGGAUUGAAGAAUGAUGACUCUUAUGUGCUUACGAAACAGAAGGCAAUGGAAUCGGUUGGUAGGUUGUUAGAAACAAGGAAAAAUUUGCAGGGUAGGGUUAAAGAAAUGAAGUGUCCAGACACAUUGGUGGAACAUUAUAAGCCACUAUCUUGCUAUGUGCGUCAUUGGGUCAUCAAGAAUGCAUUCUAUCUAGUGCCACUCUGUGCUUUCAUUGGAGGAUUGAUAACUAGUUUUGUUUGUUUACUUCGGAAAAUUCGUCGGAGGCGGUAUCUGUCAAGUAGAGGUGAAGAGCUUUACGAGCAGAUUUGUGACAUUCUUGAAGAGAAAGCGGUGAUGGCAAAGAAUGCUUUUACUGGUGAAGGUGAACCCUGGGUUGUUGCGUCUUUGUUACGAGAUCAUCUGUUGUUGCCAAGGGAAAGGAAGGAUUCACAAUUAUGGAAAAAGGUUGAGGAGUUGGUCCAAGAAGAUUCUCGUUUGGAUCAGUACCCAAAGCUGGUGAGGGGUGAGUCCAAGGUUGUUUGGGAAUGGCAAGUUGAAGGUUCGUUAAGCUCUUCAAGGUCAAGAACAAAGGGUAAAGCAAUCAAACAGACACCUGACAGUAGACUGCCACACUCAUCCGCAAGCGUACAGACACCGAAUGGAACACUGCCAAACUCACCUGUUCAUAUAGCUGCUAGCAAUUGAGCUCUCUGAUUCUAGCUUUCAUAUUUGGUGAACACAGUUAAAUCCUCUUCUUCAUGGUUACUGUCUCAAGCAAAUUAUAGAUGGGUCUCAGCCGUGUCCUUCAGCAACCUUUCCUGAUGUAAAAACUACUAGUCCAGCCUAUGAGGAAUGGAUUGAACAUGAUGCUAUUAUUCUUGGUUGGUAUUUUUCUUCUAUGACUAAUCCUGUUUUGAUUGAAGUUGGCGAUUUUGAAACUUACAAGGCUGUUUGUGAUGCUCUAGCUACUGUAUGUGCCUCAAAUCUGAAGCUCGAGUACAGGGUAAAAAUUUUGCUGCUUGAAAACAAUAGGGAUGGGGUUACCAUUUCGCUGCUUAAAAACAAAUAGAAUGGGGUUACCCUUUUAUACAUCUUUCUAUAUUUUAGAGUUCCUUUGCAAUUUUAAGAUGUACUGUUAACCACAAUCUCCUUAACUUUGUUUUGUUGAAAUGGAGAAGAAACAUUGUAAUA